GAGAAGGAACAACGAAGACAAGAGGACGGGGACUUUAAAGUGGACGGUAGCCAUCGCGCGUGGCAGUGGCUGGACGAUAGUAGGACGUGGACAAGGACACCCUCAGGAAGCGUCUACGCGGAACGUCCAAGGAUUUCAUCCCCAGCCGGCACGGGGCAGCGACGCGUCGAGAGUACGUCGGGAAAGGUGGAGGAGUGUCGGUGCGGCAGCGUGUCGGUACCGGAAGAACCGGCGCCGAUACUAGCGGAAAACGACACGAGGCGGCCAUCAUUAUACGCGAACGGCAUUGCCGCUCAUCGAGAGGAGAACAGCUGGUGGCCGGCCGAGCAGGGCGGAGGGGGUCACGCGAUAAGGGAGCGUGAUAACAGCGCCGCGGUGGCGGGUGAGCUGGCUUGCCUCGCGGGAUACAUGGCGAGUUACCUGAAGGCGGCAGGCGCUACCUGCGCCUCGACCGGAAACCCUCAUCAAUACCACCCACACGGGCAUCCCGCGAUGGGGGUCGGAACCCAUCCGCAUCCGCAUUCUCAUCCGCACCCGGGUACGCCGCAUCCCGGUUUGCCGUCACCCUUUGCCCUCGCGACACACGGGCAUCCUCAUCCGCACCCGCUCGAACAUGGAUUGGCAUUUCCACAAGGAAUGAAUCAACGCAAACAGCGUCGCGAGAGGACGACCUUCACCAGAGCUCAACUGGACGUGUUGGAGGGGCUAUUCACGAAAACGAGAUAUCCAGAUAUCUUUAUGCGAGAAGAGGUUGCUCUUAAAAUCAACCUGCCAGAAUCGCGAGUCCAGGUUUGGUUCAAGAAUCGUCGAGCCAAAUGCAGACAGCAAAUGCAACAACAGUCGCAACAGCAUCAGCAGCAGCAACAACAACAGACUCCUCCGUCGAAAAGUUCGCCGAGAACGAGCCAGAAUCACAGCAACAGCAGCACCGGUAGCAGGAUAUCGACGAGCUCGUCGACGACGCCGAGCAGACGAUCCUCGCCAGAUUCGCCAGCGCAAGGCAGGGAAGCACCGGUGGCAGGAAACUCACCCUUAUCGACGCCGCUCCUGUCGACGCAGUCGACGUAUCCGCGAGUCGGCGCGACCCCGACCGGCGGCAGCGGGGCCAACAGCAACCUGACGACCCCGUCGCCACCGCUGACGCCGAGCUCCAACCAACUGCCGUCGUCCUACCCAGCCGCGAUGAACCAGAUCCAUCACGGCGAAGCAUAUGGUUUCACCUGGAGCUCGGCGGGGUCCGCCGUCAACCAUAGCCAAUACGCCGGCCAGAGUUACAACGCCUACGCUCAGGCGCCGUACGCCAGCAGCGACUACUAUCAGGCCCAGAUCCCUCACAUGCACCACAGCCCGCAGACCAACUACCAUCAUCCUCAGUACCAUCCCAAUAUGGCGCUCACUUCGUCCAUGUCGCACCUGACCAGUCAUCAUCUGAACCCGGUGACCAGUCAGACUCAGGCCAGCAACGAUAUCGCGGCCGCCGCUGUUGUUGCAGCCACGUCGGGCGACGAGACGUCCGGUUACGUUCUGCCUGAGCAGAAGUACCCAUCGUUGGUAUAGCGGUCCGGCAGGUCCUCCGGGAUCUUCCAGCGGAACCAGGAGACUGCGAACGUGUCCAGCUCCUCGAUGCCCUACCACUGGCGACUGAAUACGGCGAUCUGUCACGAGAUCAACGGCAAUCUCGACUCCGAUGACAAUUGAUUGUGCGGGAAAGAAAGAGAGAAAGAGGGAGCCAACGCGUCGACAGACGCACUCCAGAUUCGAUGAGUAUGAUAAUUAAGAAUCGAACAAUCUUUGAAUCGUUUACACGAUGCUUUACAUUCGGAAUAAACGCAGUAACAGUGUUAGUUAAUAUAUCAAUCGUUCAUCGUCCGCAUAUUUCGUUAACGCAGAAUUAUCCCAAUAAAACGCUGUAUUUCGUGUGUGAACAUUAAAAUAAUCGCAAAAAUAAUUACGUGACGUUCAUCUCUCGUCGAUUAUUCAUUAUCAAUGGAUAGUUGAUUCGCGCAAAACAUUUGCCGUAUCUUAAAGAAUACAAUAUCAAAUAUUUUUUGAUAUUCAAAGCUUUGCUAGCUGCAAUACUGAACGCAGAAAAUCAGAUUAUUAUUAUCGGCGGCUCCAAACAUGCGAAUAAAUUGCUAUUUGAUAGAGUUUUUUUUUUCUAUGAUGUAUAGGAACGUCUUUUUGGCGAAUAAUCGCCGAAUGACAACAAAACUACGAAUGAAAUCAUGCAUUAAAUAAUUAUUUGAUAAUUACUAUCAAUAAUUAUCGAUACCUUUUUCUUUG